GAAGUCUUUCAUAUUUGGCUGAUGCCACGAAUGCCACACAUCUGUGCUGGCAAUGGCCGAUUCUGCGAAGCCGAAGGUUGUGGCACCUGCAGAAGAGGUCAUCCGGCUUGAUGCUUAUGAUGAGGUACCAGUGCUUCAACGAGCAUCCAGGCAGAAGGCGGAGAAGGAAGGCGCCCUGGAAAGGCCAAAGGGGAAAGGAAAAGGCAAAGGCAAGAAGGGGAAGGAAGAGCCGCAGUUUAAGCGAGACUCAGGCCUGUCGCAAAGGAUACGAAAGUAUGCGCGGCCUGGGGCUCCAUUUCGGGAAGUCAAGGCCAAGGGCGACAAGAAGCUCGCGACUGAGGUGAAGCAGCGCGCGCGCCAGGACCGCGACGCGGCGUUUCAGCUGGCCAAGGCGGAGGUGCUUCAGACUGCGGAGGCGGGCGGUGUAGAAGUCGACGAGCAGGACGACACGCGCAGGCUCGCCCAGAAGGACAUCCUGGACUCGGUGGGUGUGGGCGUGGCGCGCAAGGCCUUCUCCUUCGACCUGCCGGCGGGUCCCUACAACUGCUCGCUGACCAGAAACGGGGCGCACCUACUAGCAGGUGGCAGGAAGGGACACGUGGC